CAUUAAGAUCAUCACAAAUAUCCUCCUCAAGCCAAUACCUGAGGGAAACCGGACUUUCGGACACGUAAUUCGGACAGAAGCUCUUCAACCUGCCAGACAAAUGUCCAGUCCACUGGAGAGGGUUGUAGCCCAGAAGAAGGAGGCCAUUGAAGCAGUGAUGGAGAUGUUUGAGAGAGGAGCCGAGGUGCUGGCCAGCGCUGUUGGAGAGAUGUGUCCUCUGUUUGAAGCUUCUGCACCAGUUUUGAGGCUGGUCUUGGACAAUGUGGAAAGCAAGGAGAUCACAUAUGUCAAAGAUCAGUUUCUAGUUGUGAGGAGCAAAUUGGAUGUCCUCUCAUCUCAAAUAGAAGACAUCAACUGCGAGAUUAAAAAGGGACGCUUGGAUUCUGAGUUCUUCGCUGUGGAGGAAAAUCUAUGCAACCAGUUUAGAAAAUACAUCGACAUUCUGGAGGCCAAACCGGAGUAUAAGGAGGUCAGAAAACGCUUGUUCUUGCAGCAUUUUCCCAAAACAGGAGGAGAGAAGAACCUCUACAUGCUUUAUGACGCUGUGAUGGGGAACAGCAUUUUUGGGGAGCCAAUCCUGGAUGUUGUGGAGCAAUACGAGGCCAGAAACAGAAGGGUCCUGGAAGAUUUCUGCGUCAGGCUGAAGGAGCUGCUCUGCCUGGGAAUAAUCGCUCUGCUGGGAUAUUGUUUCCUUACUCAGGGAGAAGAAGCGGAGCAGGAGAAGAUUCAAGAGUGGAGCGCAAAGAUCCAAGAAAUUGAGAUGAAAAUGAAGGAAGCGAUCGAGAAAUGUGUGCAUUCGUUUCCAGAGCAAGCUGAACUGGACAUCAAGAGGCUCGUGAAGGAACGAGAGGAUGGGAACCUCCAGGAAACGGCCAAGGAACUGCUGGACUUCCUGGUGAAGAAGUACGACUGGGUGAGCUGGUCCAUCAGAGGCGUUAGUGACUUGGGCAAAAUCAGGAACUUGAGAGCCGGACAGAACUUUCAGAGUGUGGCGGGACAGAAUUAUUUCGAAGUAUCUGAAGGAAACGACAUAAACCUGGUGGUGUCGUUCUGCAGCGCCCCUCAGCCUGUGCCCAAUGAGAGCAUCAGACAGAUGAUGGAAGGUCCUGCGAGGAAGGGGGACGCCAAAGCUGUCGUGGAGCUUCUGGAGAAGCAGUUAGCUGGCUUUCUGGUUCAUGCCGUCAGUCGUCACAAGGAGAGCUUCGCUGUGUCCAGUUUUCCUGAAGAAUGUCACUACUGGGACAAACACAAGAACGUGAAUGUCUGUGUGCAUGCAGAGGAGGUUUAGAAAGGUUAAAUGGGAUCCUUGGUCAUUUACCCAGCUAACAGGGAAUGUUCUCGGAACUUCAUUCAUGGAAUGUUUAUUUUACUGAAACGUUUUAGUUGGAUGUUUGUCUAGUGUUGCUUGUUUCGGAAUGUUCCAAGAACAUUCAAAAGUAACAUUCCCAUAAAGUUUGCAGAAGAAAAUGGAAUGUUUCCUUAAUAUUGGCGUAACCAAGAAAAAAAUGGAUGUUUUUAACCAUUCACUCUCAGAAAAAAAGGUACAAAAGCUGUCACUGGGGUUGUACCUCUUCAAAAGGUACACUUUUGUAC